AUGGUGAAGGAUACGCGCUACUACGACGUGCUGGGCGUGGACCCGUCCGCCACCGAGUCCGAGAUCAAGAAGGCGUACUACGUCAAGGCGAGGCUGGUCCACCCCGAUAAGAACCCGAAUGAUCCGCAGGCCGCGGAGAAGUUCCAGGAACUAGGGGAAGCAUACCAAGUUCUCAGUGAUCCCACACAGCGCCAAGCUUAUGACUCACAUGGGAAAGACGGCAUCUCAACGGAAGGAAUUAUUGAUCCAGCAGCAAUUUUUGCAAUUCUAUUUGGUAGUGAGCUUUUUGAGAAUUACAUUGGUCAACUGGCAAUGGCAUCAAUGGCUUCACUUGAUAAUUUUGGUGAAGAUGAGCAAAUUGAUGCAAGAAAGCUGCAAGAGAGAAUGCAGGCUGUUCAAAAGGAACGGGAAGAAAAACUUGCAGAGACGCUGAAAAACCGGCUACACACUUAUGUUCAAGGAAAUAAGGAAGAAUUCAUCCAGCAUGCUGAAGCAGAGGUGUCCAAACUUAGCAAUGCAGCAUAUGGAAUUGUUUUGUUGAACACUAUUGGCUAUGUAUAUUCAAGGCAAGCUGCAAAAGAACUUGGAAAGAAAGCUAUGUUUUUGGGGGUUCCAUUUAUUGCUGAAUGGUUCAGAGACAAAGGGCAUUUUAUCAAAUCCCAAGUAACAGCUGCCACAGGUGCAAUAGCUCUUAUGCAGUUGCAAGAGGACUUGAGGAAGUAUAUGAGUGCCGAGGGCCAGUACACAGAGGCAGAACUUGAAAUGUACAUGGAAAACCACAAGGAAGUCAUGGUUGAUUCCUUGUGGAAGCUUAACGUUGCUGACAUAGAAGCCACAUUAUCCCAUGUCUGUCAAAUGGUACUUCAAGACAGUAGUGCCAGGAAGGAGGAAUUGCGCCUUCGUGCUAAAGGCUUAAAAACUUUAGGAAGAAUUUUUCAGCGGGUUAAGCUCAACCCUAGCGAGGGGGAAACGUCACAAGUGAAGAAUAUAGACAACAUGGACGACAAUGAUGGCAGCUCCCCUGACUCAUCCCCAACGAGGGAGGCACCGUUCACUCCUAAUCAGCCUCCUGUCCCGAGCCCAUAUGUGGAGGCACCUCAUGUUAACGGAGUCUAUUGUCCGUUCCCAAUGCCAGCUGCUCCACCUGGCGCACAGAGGGAUCGAAUCCCAUGA